GUAUCAGUAGGAGUGUGUGGAGUAGGUGACUCCAAGGACACACCCAGGCCUGGUAUCUCCUCUGAGGUGUGGAGUAGACUGAGCUGAGGGUAGAUGUGGAGGGUGGGGUUAUAAUGAAUUUGGACUCCUAGGAGAGAUGUUGAUCAUAGAAUGAACUGUCCACAUUACAACAGGAUAUGAACUUCGAGGAUGUGGCCGUGUACUUCUCCCGAGAGGAGUGGGGACUCCUUGAUGAACCUCAGAGGCGCCUGUACUGCAGUGUGAUGCUGGAGAACUUGGCACUUGUGGCCUCGCUGGACCUUCACCAGCAACAGAGGCAUGGCAGUCAGGAGAAGCCCUGGAAAAGAGAUGUGGACAGGGCCUUGUGUGUGACAAGCUGCAACUUCUGUGUGUCAGGGCAGCCUUUCUCAUGUAGGAAGGUUGGAGAGAGCUCCCCAGCCACCUUGAGACAUCUUCAGCUCCAGACCAGUUCCAACACUGAGGAACCACAUGGUGGCAACCAGAGUGGGGAGGCCUGUCACAGCGGGAAAAGUCAGUACAACGGGGGUCAGUAUGGAAAAGCUAACAGCCACAACCGUGCACUUGAUCAACAUUGGAGUGUCUGCUCCGGAGAAGGGCUUUAUGAGGGGGGCAAGUGUGGGAAAGCCUUCAGCUGCAACUACAGACUUGUGCAGCACCAGCGAAUUCACACUGAACGAAGGCCAUAUGAGUGUGUUUCAUAA